UGCUCAAAUGGGAUGGCGUCUCAGACAGAUUCGCCUUCUCCGCAAGGCAUGCUGUUGUUGUGUGACAAAACAACACCGUUAUAAGGCGUUGGAAUAGUUUGGUGAGCAUUACUGCAGCUUCUCUGUUUCUGCGUCUCGAAGGAGUGAGGGGUAAAACAACAAAACAGAUCACUCAUCAAAUAUCCUACACCCAGUUCCACCAUGAAUAUCCAGUCAGCUAUCAACAGGGAGGUAUUUGCUCCCCGGGAUGAGAGGAUGCUAGUGGCUGUGGAGGUGAAGAGGAGAAAGAGGAAAAGGAUCCCCUUUCUGCCCACUGGAGGCAAGGGAGAAUACAUGACAUACAUCUGUUUGUCAGUGACCAAUAAGAGGCCAGCUCAGCUCCUCAUCACCAAAGUCAAGCGGUUUGGAGGCUCCGCCCCCUUCACCAGAAGGUCACAGUGGGCCGUGGAGCAGCUUCGCCAGGUCAACGGCAUCAACCCCAACAAGGACUGCCCAGAGUUUGACCUGGUGUUCGACAACGCCUUUGACCAAUGGGUGGCCAGCUCAGCGCCAGAGAAGUGCAUCUUCAUCCAGAUAAUGUACCACGCCUGUCAGACCUAUUGGGAAGGCAAGGAGGGGGUCCCUGGUAGCCCAGCUGGAGACCAGCAGAAGGGCCAAAGAGGUCAAGGGGGCCAGGGUAGCCCAGGGGCCCAAGGGGGCCAGGGUAGCCCAGGGGCCCAAGUGGGCCAGAUAGGAGGACCAGGGGCCCAGGCUAGACGGAAGAGCACCGUGGGUCCCAGGCCCCGUCAUACUGAGUUUGUCAACUGUCAGUCCAAACUCACGGGAGAUGCCUGCAAAAUGAAUCUGGUCCUGUACCGUUGCAAGGUGUUUUUCAACCGCAUGAAGAAGGUGAUGGUUUCAAACCAAAGCCGUUCUCAGGCUGGAGCAGGUCCUAGAGCAGGUCCCAGUGGGCAGCGCCCUCCAGGGGGCAGUAUGGGUAGUGUAGUCCAGAGGGCCAGCCAGGCCCUGCAUGAGCGUGGGGAGAGACUGGGCCGGGCCGAGGACAAGACGGUAGACCUAAUGCACAAAGCCCAGCAGUUUGCAGACACUGCUCACAAGCUGGCUCUGAAGUAUUCAAACUAGAGGCAUAUCUUCCUGUGGAACUGCUCCUGGAGUCGUUGGCCCUAAUUUUCUUGUUAAUUCUAUGUAAUAACAUUUAUACUAAUCUUUGACUGAGUUGAAACUAAUGGACUAAUGUUGGACUGAGUUGAUACCCAGUGGUCACGCUGCAAUUCCUCUGAAGAAUCCUGUCUAGUACUGGGUUAUUGCGCUUGCUAUUAGGACUUAGACUGUGGACAAGCAACUGUCACUUGUGUCAGAAGGACUUCAAAAUGUUUACAGAUGGGCAGUGGGGAGGACGGCCCAGUUAUGGACACCCCAGGAUUAAAGAAUGACCUUUCACCUCUAGAACUGGACCUGUGGAUUACAUGAUGGUGUCCUUUCAUGGGAUAGAUAGUUGUUAUACUGGAUGGCAAUGUAGUGUCACAAUGCUCCCACUGUUUGAGUGUACACGUCGUCCCUGCUUCAGUAGCCUCUUCUCUGAUAACAAGAAUUUUAGAUUUUUUGUGCGGUUUUAGAUCUUUUAAAUAUGGAUUCAUGAAUUCACACAGUGAACAGCUGACAAGUGAAGUUGAGAACCCACGUGUCUCCACCAUGAAUGUAUUAUUUCAGUGGUGUUUUUUGUUGUUGUUGCUCAUUGCAUAAAUUAUUGAUCAUUUAUGACUGAAUAGGCACACACAAAGAGCAGCUUGUGAAUAUUGGCACGAACCGAUGCAACUCGGAUUGCAAAUGAAUUCCUGGUGUUAUUAUUUUCCCACUUAUUUUUUUUCUCUUUCUCUGCAUUGUUGUGAAGGGCCGUAAGUAAGCAUUUCACUGUUAGUCUACACCUGUUGUUUACGAAGUAUGUGACAAACCCAUUUUGCAGAUUUUUUUUUUUUUUUUUUUUUUUUUAACAAAUUGCACAUUCAUUGAAUGUUUGAAUGGCAUUGAAUGCUUAAGUGUGGCUGUUUUAAGGUUAUUGCCUUCAUGGUUGUCAGAGCAGGUGCAGGGGAACAAGGAACACCUGGUGAAAUCAUUUUUUUUCUUUGCGUGAUUGUGUAAUAGUCUUGAUUUCUUUGCUCUUUCUAAAGUGGAAUAUGCACUCAUUUGCUUUCACUGUUUUUCAAUGCUCAAGUCCUCCAGUGCUCUUUCCCUGCUUAUAUCAAAACCAUUGAUUAGUCACUAUUCCAAAUUGAAGUUAAUAUGUUCCUAUUUGAUCCUUGCUCUCGUUUCUUGUCUUUGUCUAAUCGUGUUUUCAUUUAAUUGAUCCCCUGAAUUUUCACUGUCUUGUCACGUAUGUCAUCUGUUUUUGUCUCUUGUGCCAUAUCUACAUGUAUGCAUGUCCUUCAAAUGCUGGUUCCAUGUCAAAAAAGAGUUGUGUGUAGCAGUUGGAAUGGUGGGUUCAUGUAUGUAGACCAGGGUUCUUCUAGGUGAGGUCAUAAGGAAGGUAUUUAAUGUUGACUGAAUGUUGGCGUGUGAUGGUAAUCACGUCCACCCAGCCGGCUCUAUGCGGUAGCAAAUUGAUCCUGGGGACGACGUUGGUGUGAUGAAGUUUCUGAUUAACACUGUAUAGAUGAUACCGGGGAGUUGGUUAGUGAUGAGGAGACUGGUGGAGAUGAGAUGGAUCAGUUGGUUAGUGAUGAGGGUUGGUUAAGAUGAAGGUGUAGUUGUUGAAGGUCUAGCUAAAUGCUGUUUUGAUGCCCAGUGCUAAUAUUUUUAUUCUACACAGUGCAGACAGUUUUGGGAUGGCGUUUUCCUUUAAACUCUUAUCUUUUGGUAAUUUUUUCAUUAGUCCAUUGACAUAGUUUGAAUGUUUUUGCUUGUCAGCAAUCAUGUUUUCAAGAUAUCAAACUUUCAAAAUACAGGAAUCAUCCCUGAAUGAUGCUUUUUGUGUCAUAUAUAUAUAUAUAUAUAUAUGAUGCAGCAACAGGAUACAGGACUGAUGUAUUUUGAUAGUUGCAUAUCUUGAACUUGAUUGCUGACAAGCAAAACAUUUUGAGACUCAACAAUGGACCAAUGAAACAAAUACUGAAAGACAGUUUUGGGGUGGAGUGUUCCUUUAAUUGAUAUGCUGGGGCAGUAUGUCCCUCCUUUUUGCUGAACGUCUCAUAGAAAGUGAGAGGGUAGUCUUACCUCUGUCUUCAGAGUACUCUUAUUAGAAUGAAGCUUAUUCUGUGGCAGGAGUGGAAUCCAAAGAGGGCUCUUGUCCUGACUGCAUGUUUUCUGUUGCUAUAUGACUCCUGUAGCAAAAGAUGGGUUAGAAUCUAAAUGAAUUGUCCAAGAAUAGUGUUUUACUACUUUUUAUUUUAUAGCCUGAUCGUGGCGUUAAACCCUGUACUGACAUCUCUUUAUUGUUCCUUGAAAUGUAGAGUUUAACAUUGCCUUAUACUACAGAGCUUCAAGUACUGUUCUUAGUGUAAAUGAGAUUUCUUGUACUGUCUUGAAUGAGAAGAAGACCAAUGACCUUAACAUUCCUUCUUGACCCAAUAAAUGAAAUGGGACCCA